GAAGAUGGUGACCUGUCAUAUGAGGGUCUUGGAGAACAUACUUUCAUGAAUCAGAAAAUGAAGGUAUAUAGGAGUGAUGAGGAAAUAUAUCUAGAAAGUGGGGCUGUAGUGAACUUAACUUGUGAAGUGCCUAUAGGAUCGGCAAGGUUUCAAUGGUACAUCACAGAUAUGAACAACCGGACCCAUAGGAUAGAGAAUUUUGUCACUCUUAGCGACAGGCAGUCAAUUUUAGAGAUCGAAAAAACCCCAGCCCUUCGAGAGAUAUACAAAUGCAUCGCUUGGACUGACCAUCAGAAGCUAGUGAAGAGAUUCAUUCUUCACGUUGGUCAUAGAUCGGACACCAUCGUUACCGUUAGUUUGGUGAAUGUUACAAGUGACAGCCUAGGGUUAUUGGUAGAAACUGAAGAUGAACAAACUAUCCCUUUCCAUCUAUUGGUGCGGUACAGAAAAGUGGAUGAUGAACACUGGCAUAAUUUUAAAACCGAGGCGCAGAAUGGUAGCAUUUUUUUCCUUAAAGACCUUCAUCCAGCGACAAAAUAUGAGAUAAAGGUAUCUCAUCCAAACCCAGCAGAUGCAGAAAUGGUGUCCAAUAGCAUCUUUUAUGAAACACUAGCUAAUAAGAAUGUGAAACACUUAGCGUCUAUUUCUGUGUUGAGUUUCGCCUAUUUAGUACAUAUAAUAUAUCACUAUGUCGUAACUGUUUUAUUGUAAUUUAAUAGAACAUUCUUUAGAUAGUGAUGUUGCUAUAUUAACUAGGUAAUAAUGUGCAAUAAUGUCCACUGCAAUAAU